AUGACCGACCAAGUCGUCACCCAUCCCGGUCGCACCGAGGAGCCGCAGUGCUACAACUGCGGUGGCAUGGGACACUGGGCUGUCGCCUGUCCCGAGCCAACACGCGAGACACCCGCUGGUCUUGCAGCUUGGAGAAAUGCUUCUGCGACGCGACAAGGAAGUAGUCGCGCGCAACACAACGAUGGUAGAAAGUCUAAAGGACCCAUCAUCACUAAAUACGGCCCUCCACCACCUCCAACAGGUUAUGGUGCGCAUUAUCCGCCGCCUCCCGUAUAUCCUCCACCGCACAAUUCUUAUACUGUGCCUCCGCCGCAACCGCCCCCGUAUCCUCCACAGUAUCAUUAUCCUCCAGGUCAUGGGCAACAACCAUUACCACCCCCUCCGCCAAGCCAUGGACACUAUCCGCCUCCCCCUUACCCUCCUCCUUCUGAGUCUUACUCUGCCCAGCAGUCACGGCCACCAUAUCCGGGACCAUCGCAAGAAUACGGCGGCUACCCCUACGCAGGACAAGACAGCCAUCAAUUCGUCCCGCCUCGGCCAGCUUACAGCGGAUCAUACGCGCAAGGAUCUGGAAGUGGCCAUAAGCGUCAUCAUCAACGGCCACAGCCGCCUCACAGAAACUCUGCACCGUCACCGCCAAAGUCUCGCGCUAUUCAUGUAACGUCGCCGCCAAAGCCACCGGCGUCUUCUCCUCCUGUCCCUAUUACUCACGGGCUACCACCAAAGCCGCCGAAGAGCGUGCAUGAUAUUGACCAUGGCCGCGAUCAAAGAAACAAUAAGCGGAAACACGACCACCAUCAGAACAGACCUAAAGAUAUCAAGGAGCACCAUCCUGGCCGAAAUCAUGGUAGCCCUAAAGCCAUGCCGGCUGUCCAUAAUCACCAUGUCCAGAGCAAUGCUAGUGCUCAACAUCACCAUGGGAGCCAAAAUUGGCAAGCAAAGCAACACAGUAACAGGAGACGCUCUUCUGCUGGUAAUCACGGGUCGAAUCAGCCUCGAAUGCAACGGCAGCAGUCGAGAGACUCGCUGAAUCAGCAUCCUCAAAGGUCGCCCCGAGCCCCCGAAGGUCACAGAAGAAUCAGCAAUGGCGAGCAGCACCACGGAAGUCCCAAUCCUAAUAAAACUGGCGAUAAACCCAAGAGAGACUCUCAUACGCCAAAGGCGACCGAGACAACCCCAACGUUCAUUAAGAGUGUUCCAUCGCUGCCACCGAAGCCCAACACGGCAGUGGAAUCACACGUUCUCAAGCUCCCAGACGACCACGCCACAUCUGUUCUCCUCAACUCCCCAAGACUAUCAGAGGCGAAUAUCCGUGGCAUUGACGGCAACAGAGACCGGAACCGUGACCACAGCAGCUCUACUGCCAGAAACGGAACAAGGUCAGAGUCAUCGGUGCCAGAGGAUGUGAAUGCAGACGAGCGUCCAACCAAGAGAUUUCGUCGGACCAGCCGGGACCGGGACCGGGACCGAUCGCGUAGUACUAGUCGAUACCGGAAUAGCGACGAUUUGCCGCCUCUGGAUCGGCAAAGAUCGCGUUCGUUGCAGCGACGUACCAGUCUCUCUCGUUCGCCCAGAUCGAGAAGGUCCUCCGUGUCGAGCCGGUCUUCGGACCUCAACUCGCUUGAAGCGGAGCUGCUUGGUGUCUCCGCCGCCCGCAGGCUGUCGACAGACUCGGAGCCGCGGCGCCGGCCAGAGAGAAUCGUCCCGCCAAAAGCAAAACAUCGCAAGCCCACCAAUUCGGCAUUUAGUCGGCGGUGGUGA